CUCCUAUCACGGUCUGUGUGAACUCAACACGACGGCCAAGGAGGGAGAGAUCUCUGUGUUCUUCAGAAACAACCACUUCAGUACCAUGAUCAAACACAAGGGCCACCUGUACCUGCUGGUGACCGACCAGGGCUUCCUGCAGGAGGACAGUCUGGUCUGGGAGUCUCUUCACAACGUCGAGGGAGACGGGAACUUCUGCGACUCCGACUUCAGGCUGUGUCAUCCUCCGCAGAGAGCGCCGCCGAACGCCACCAGCCUGGCGCCCAGCGCCCAGGACCAGCAGAGACAGAUCGACCAGGACUACCUGGUGGCGGUGUCCCUGCAGCAGCAGCAGGGCGGGGCCCCGGGGCCCCUCAGUGACCUGGAGUUGGCCCGACAGCUCCAACAGGAAGAAUACCAGCAACAGCAGCAGCAACUACAGCAGCAACAGCAACAGCAACCACAGCAACAACAGGGAUCGCCUGCUGCAGCAACGCAGGUCAGAGGUCAGGGGUCACAGCAGGGCGCAGCACGCAGAAGAGAGAAGGACUCGGACUGUGUCGUCCUAUAGACUCCUUUUAUUAUUAUUGUAAUCUAUUGAGACGCACACACACACACACACACACACACAC